AUGGAAGAGGGUAGAUAUAAGGUUGUGUUAAAAGAAAACGGAAUUGAAAAUACUCACGAAACGGAUUAUCCAGGUGUUUAUUCAAAUCACGACGACGUUUGGAAUCAUAAUAAAUUUAAAAAAAAAUUCAAAGUCGUCAUUGUUAAAUUAAACGAUACGGAAAUGGAAUUUGAUUUAGUGGGUAUCAAUUGUGCCGUUGCGAAUGCGUUCAGAAGGAUAUUGCUGUCGGAAGUACCGAGCAUGGCGAUAGAAAAAGUAUUCGUAUCGAAUAAUACAACUUUGAUAAAAGACGAAGUACUCGCUCACAGAUUAGGUUUAGUGCCAUUGAAAGCAGAUUCUAGAUUAUUCGAAUACAGGUCGGAAAAUUCAAACGAACCAAACGAGCAGGACACUCUAGAAUUUGAAUUAAAAAUAAAAUGCAGCGUUAAUAAAGAGGGACACAAGAAUUCAUAUCAAAUAGAUGAUCUUUACAUCAAUCAUUCCGUUUAUUCGAAACAUUUGAAAUGGGUUCCCAUAGGAAGUCAGGGAACUACAUAUGAUGAAAAAAAUAUAGGACCUGUUUUACCUGAUAUUCUUUUAAAUAAGUUGAGACCUGGACAAGAAUUGGAUUUAAAAUUACAUGCUGUUAAGGGUUUGGGAAAAGAUCACACUAAAUUUUCUCCUGUCGCGACUGCAUUUUAUAGAAUGUUACCAGAGAUAACGAUGGUUAAAAAAGUGACAGGAGAAGCUGCUGAACGACUACAAAAUUGUUUUUCCCCUGGGGUUAUAGAAAUCAGAGAAAACGAUGAGGGCGAAAAGGAAGCUUAUGUGGCAAGUGCAAGGUAUGAUUCUGGAAGUAGAAUCGUUUUCAGGCAGGAAGAUCUUAAAGACUGUGUAGAAAUGAAAAGAGUGAGGAAUCAUUUUAUUUUUAACAUUGAAUCAGUUGGAGCGAUACCACCGAAUGAAUUAUUUGUCGAAGCUGUUAAAGUUUUAAAAAAUAAAUGUUUUAAAUUAUUGCAAGAACUCGAUGAGAAUCAAAAUUCGAAAAAAAAACAUAAUAAAUAA